AUUAACAGGAGGCCAAAAUGCGCUUGCACAAAACACCCAUCAAGAGGUAGUAGUACAGCAACCUCUACAAGCUCACCAGCAUCAUCGGAACCCUCAGCCCCAACAAGAUCAGCUUUACCAGAAGCAGGGAGAGUAUCACUGCUCACCGGGAGAGAAACAAGAAACUCAGCGGUCAUUGUUUUCAGAUAAACAAGAGUUCAAAACGAUACCUCAGCAUGAGGUGAGUUGCAGCGGGCAGCAGUCUGGUUCAUCUUUCAAUGGCUCCCUCACAGAACUCGGCACACGGAUAAGCACCACACCAAUAUUUUUCCUAAGUCCGCAGACGGGCACAGCGAACAGCAAAGAUGAUUCACAGCUCAACAGCUUUCAGACCCUUGAUGAUGAAACGGCAAGACAGCUUCUGUCUUCCCUCAUAUCUCAAGUCAACUGCCCUCAGCUGUUCAUGGAAUCCAGGAACGCUCAAACUCACGAUGACCAAUUCAGUGACCUGUUACUGAGCGGGGGACCUCCUCAACAUUCUGAGACCCUGGUCGGUGGAGACAGCAAAAUUCCCACAAACACUGAUUUUCCAAGGGUAACCAUCUCACUGAACCAGGAUUUCAACCAGUCUGAUCAGGUCGUGUUUAGCCCACCUCAAACGCAGAGCUCCCAGAGCACCAAUUGUGCAGAGCUAUAUUUUACUCAUGCAGAAC